CUUAUUUUGUGUGCGUGUGGGUGGGUGUGUGUGAAGCUUGCGAAACUUCUAGCAGACGACCUAAGUCUUCAGUCUUUUAGCCUUUGAGUUUACUUUUAGACUUUGCCAUGAGCUCUUCUUGCAUAAAAGAUAGUUUUAGAUAACCAGUAGACUUUUUUUUUUACUUUCUACUUUCGUUUUCUUUUUGUCCAUUGUCCAAGUUCUGUUGCCCUGACGAUUCCUCCAGUUUCCAGUGCCUUCAUGCCUAGCCUAUAAUACAUCUGCCUGACCAUAUCGUGUGAUGGCCAGAAACGAAGAGAAACAGUUAGCUCGACUCAAUAGAGUUUAUCUUCAACAACAGAAAGAUGAGGCACUAAAGAAAAGACCCCCAAGACCAAGUCUGAAUACUUUGAACACUGCUGAUGAAGUCAAAAAAUGGCUGCCUUCAAUUCUGAGUGACAUUGAUUUUUAUGUGAAGCAAAUGAAAGUGACCUGUUACCCUGAGAGGCAGGUUGAUGAGUUCAGUAAAAGAAUUGAUGGACUCAAAGGAGAAUACAAGGCCUUCCUUCGGAAAAUUCGACAGUUAGAUCCUGAUGUGCAGGCCACCCCAUGGUCAGACAGACCUUACAGCAAGAAAAAGAGAUUGGAACAGCAAACAUACUCGUGUGAACUGACGGAUACAUCAGCAACUUGUUCUACUGAGGCAGACCCACAAGCAAAGUUCCAGCCCCUUAGUGCACCCAUCCUUAGCAAUGACAGCUUUUAUGACAGUUGCUAUGGGUACAGAAAAGACAAAACCGAAGUUGAAAAUGACUUAAUUAAUACCAGUUCUGAUCUUCAAGAUGAACCACUGCAGUUCAACUUUUCUAGUGUGGAUCGUGUCAUUAUUCCAACUUCUGGAUCCGGUGGAAGGGCUUGCCGUUUAUUGGAGAAGUAUCGCCAAAAAAAAUCUCAAAACUCUGUACCGGCUAUCUGUGCGUCUGGUAAUGAAUUGGAAGCCUCGAACUCUUUUCAGGUCACUCCGUCUGAAGCACUGCCUAACUGGCGACUGAUGAGAGAUCAGACCAAACCUACGUCUACUGUUGGCUGUGAUAAUACAAAUAAUGAAAAUAUGCCGCAUAACCAGCAGUCAUGGAGUGCUGACACUUGUGAUGAUGCUCUUGUUUUCAAUGGAAGUGCGUCAAACACCAAGGCAGCUCAAAAUAAAAAAUUGUUAUCCUCUAGUCAAAGGCUUGAUUCUCUGAAUGUUGGCCAGGACAUUUCUUCACCCCCUGUGGGUGUGACGUUAUAUGAUGAUAAAAAGGGUAGUUUAGAACCAGGAACUUCUCAGACUAGUGUGCCUUGCUCAAGUUCUCAAAUCACUGGUUCUCUGGGACUACCCUACACAGAUUCUUCUUCAUCAGAUGAAGGGUCUUGAAAAUGCUUUGUGCUACCCGAGUGUGUAUGUAGAUAUGUGUGUGUCUGUGAGCAUGUUUUUGUGAAAGAAGAGAAAGAGACAGACUAUGUUCACAGUAUGCCUAUGGUUGUAGCUGCUUGCGAAUGUACCAGUAUCUGAAUAAUGAAUUUGAUCUUUUAUUUGUUGUCUUGAAAUAAAAUAAUAAAAUGCCAGUGUGAUAUGCAGAACAGCUUCACCUUUUAAAUUUAAAAAAGAUUUGUUUGCUUUCACAGUCUCCUCAAUCAGCAUUCCAUUUUGCUGCCUUGUCGACAGUCACAAGUUUGUAGUCAUGUGAAAGUUUUAUUUCUUUUCUUCUUGUUCUCAGAGGGUUUUGAACCUGAGAGAAAUUGCGCUAUGGUAAAGGUGUAGGGUAGACUCAUCCAGCUAUUUAAAGCAGUUAAAUUUUCAGUGUAAAGAGUGGAAGGGGUGGCAUUGUUAUGUAUUUCUAGCCUAUACCCUUUCACCUUCACACUCCAAGCGUCCACAUCCAUCUAACGAACACCACACCCUUCAAGGUCACAACACCCACAUCUGACGUGAGCAAUGUCAUUUAGUCAUAAAUAAAUAGCAUGAACUUUAAA